UCUCUAUCGUCAGCCGCAGCCGCUCUCCCGGCCCUGGUCCCGGCACCAUGAGCUUCGGCUCGGAGCACUACCUGUGCGCCUCCUCCUCCUACCGCAAGGUGUUUGGAGAUGGCUCUCGCCUGUCCUCGCGCCUCUCCAGCGCCGGUGGCGCGGGUAGCUUCCGCUCGCAGUCGCUAUCCCGCUGCAAUGUGACCUCCUCGGCCGCCUGCUCCUCGGCCUCGUCGCUUGGCCUGGGCCUGGCCUACCGCCGGCCCCCGGCGUCCGACGGGCUGGACCUGAGUCAGGCGGCGGCGCGCACCAACGAGUACAAGAUCAUCCGCACCAAUGAGAAGGAGCAGCUGCAGGGCCUCAACGACCGCUUCGCAGUAUUCAUCGAGAAGGUGCAUCAGCUGGAGACGCAGAACCGCGCGCUCGAGGCCGAGCUGGCCGCGCUGCGGCAGCGCCACGCCGAACCGUCGCGCGUCGGCGAGCUCUUCCAGCGCGAGCUGCGCGACCUGCGCGCGCAGCUGGAGGAAGCGAGCUCGGCGCGCGCGCAGGCCCUGCUCGAGCGCGACGGGCUGGCUGAGGAGGUGCAGCGGCUUCGGGCGCGCUGCGAGGAGGAAAGCCGAGGGCGCGAAGGCGCCGAGCGCGCCCUGAAGGCGCAGCAGCGCGACGUGGACGGCGCCACGCUGGCCCGCCUGGACCUGGAGAAGAAGGUGGAGUCGCUGCUGGACGAGCUGGCCUUCGUGCGCCAGGUGCACGACGAGGAGGUGGCCGAGCUGCUGGCCACGCUGCAGGCAUCGUCGCAGGCCGCGGCCGAGGUAGAUGUGGCUGUGGCCAAACCAGACCUGAGUUCGGCGCUGAGGGAGAUCCGCGCCCAAUAUGAGUCCCUGGCUGCCAAGAACCUCCAGUCAGCCGAGGAGUGGUACAAGUCCAAGUUUGCCAACCUGAACGAGCAGGCAGCGCGCAGCACCGAGGCCAUCCGGGCAAGCCGCGAGGAGAUUCACGAAUACCGGCGUCAGCUGCAGGCACGCACCAUCGAGAUUGAGGGGCUGCGUGGGGCCAACGAGUCCUUGGAGAGGCAGAUCCUGGAGCUGGAGGAGCGGCACAGUGCAGAGGUGGCUAGCUACCAGGAUAGCAUUGGGCAGCUGGAGAAUGAUCUGAGGAACACCAAGAGUGAGAUGGCGCGCCACCUUCGGGAAUACCAGGACUUGCUCAAUGUCAAAAUGGCUCUUGAUAUUGAGAUAGCAGCUUACAGGAAACUACUGGAAGGCGAGGAGACACGUUUUAGCACCAGUGGAUUAAGCAUUUCAGGGCUGAAUCCACCCCCCAAUCCAGCUUAUCUGCUCCCACCUAAAAUCCUCAGUUCUACAACCUCCAAAGUCUCAUCCACUGGGCUGUCUCUUAUGAAAGAGGAGGAGGGGGAAGAGGCUUCUAAGGCAGCCUCAAAGAAAACCUCCCAGAUAGGGGAAAGUUUUGAAGAAAUACUGGAGGAGACAGUAAUAUCUACUAAGAAAACCGAGAAAUCAGUUAUAGAAGAAAGCACCACUUCAAGCCAAAAAAUAUAAUUCUGUUGCUAAAAAAAAAAAAAAGUUAAUGCUUAAGAGGGGAUAAU